AGUCUGUAGUAGGGGCGAAGGGGGUACUGGCUCCAGGGUUGAAAAGAGGAUAUGGAAUGGAGUAAGGUCCGAGGCGGAGAGGAAAAAAGGAGUUGGGGCGGACCGGGGCCCUAGGGUUCAGUGGCAGCCCUAGGGGAGGGAGAUUUGGGGUGGGGCAGCCCGAAGUAGGUGUUGUGCGGGUCGUGGAGAAGCAGAGUCACAAGUUGGAGGAGAAUUUCUGUAGCCGCGAAUAAAGAAGCCUGGAGCGUGGGAUAGAGGCCCGACUGUAUCUGACCGGCCAGAGGGGAAAGGGAUCUUUCUAGUAGAGUGGGAUAGUGAGGAAGAGAGAUCUGGAGGAUGCCAGGCAGAUCUGCUAAGGAGGGAACUAAAGCCAGUCAAAUGACACUCUUCUAGGCUUAGAUCAGCCUUUCCACAGCUCCUGUAGCAGCAUCUGCCCCAAUUUCAGCAGAAGAUUCAGGUGCCCCAGGGACUGGAAGAAAUUACAUUGCCUACUUGGAAAGAAGAAGAGAUAGCGACUUGCCCCAGCCCAGCCCCAGAGCGGGAGCUGUUGGCUAAAGGAAGUGGAGGGGCCGUGGGAUGCGGAGAGCCGAGGGCUAACUCUCGGACAGCGGAACGGAGAGAGCUGCCGACAAACAGACGCAGGUGGAGGAGCCGUCACCUCCCAGAAUGACCAGUGCCGCCCCCGCCCCUGCUAAGAAACCCUACCGUAAGGCACCGCCAGAGCAUCGGGAGCUGCGAUUGGAAAUUCCUGGAUCCCGGCUUGAGCAGGAGGAACCCCUGACUGACGCAGAAAGGAUGAAGCUCUUGCAGCAGGAGAAUGAAGAGCUUCGCCGGCGCCUGGCCUCCGCCACCAGACGCACUGAGGCCCUGGAACGUGAGCUGGAAAUCGGGCAGGACUGCCUGGAGCUGGAGCUGGGCCAGAGCCGCGAGGAGCUGGACAAAUUUAAGGAUAAGUUCCGCAGGCUGCAGAACAGCUACACAGCUUCCCAGCGGACCAACCAGGAGUUGGAGGACAAGCUGCACACACUGGCCUCUCUUAGCCACAGCUGGAUUUUUGCAAUCAAGAAGGCUGAGAUGGAUAGGAAGACGCUGGACUGGGAGAUUGUGGAGCUGACCAACAAGCUGCUGGAUGCCAAGAACACCAUUAACAAGCUGGAAGAGCUCAACGAGCGGUACCGACUGGACUGCAACCUGGCUGUGCAGCUCCUCAAGUGCAACAAGUCCCACUUCCGAAACCACAAGUUUGCUGAUCUGCCCUGUGAGCUACAGGACAUGGUUCGGAAACAUCUGCACAGUGGUCAAGAGGCUGCCAGCCCAGGUCCUGCUCCCAGCCUAGCCCCAGGGGCUGUGGUGCCUACCUCGGUCAUUGCCCGAGUGUUAGAGAAGCCGGAGUCUCUACUGCUCAAUUCAGCCCAGUCAGGCAGCGCCGGGCGCCCCUUGGCUGAGGAUGUCUUUGUGCAUGUGGACAUGAGCGAGGGUGUCCCAGGUGAUCCAGCCAGUCCCCCGGCCCCUGGCAGCCCCACCCCGCAACCCAAUGGGGAGUGCCACUCUCUGGGUACUGCCAGGGGCUCCCCGGAGGAAGAGCUGCCCCUGCCAGCCUUUGAGAAGCUGAGCCCCUACCCAACCCCAUCUCCACCACACCCACUGUAUCCUGGCCGCAGGGUAAUAGAGUUCUCUGAGGAUAAGGUUCGGAUCCCCCGCAACAGCCCCCUGCCCAACUGCACUUACGCUACCCGCCAGGCCAUUUCACUGAGCCUGGUGGAGGAGGGGAGUGAGCGGGCCCGCCCCAGCCCAGUGCCCAGUACCCCUGCCUCAGCCCAGGCCUCACCCCACCACCAGCCCAGCCCAGUGCCCCCAACACUCAGUGCCCCAGCUAGCUCUGCCAGCUCUGAAGAGGACCUGCUGGCCAGCUGGCAGCGGGCAUUUGUGGACCGUACUCCGCCACCUGCCACUGUGGCCCAGCGCACAGCCUUUGGACGCGACGCCCUCCCUGAGCUGCAGCGCCAUUUUGCCCAUAGUCCCGCUGACAGAGAUGAGGUGGUCCAGGCACCUUCUCCCCGAUCGGAAGAGAGUGAACUUUUGCUACCCAUAGAACCUGACUCUGGCUUUCCCAGGGAAGAGGAAGAAGAGCUGAACCUGCCCAUCAGCCCUGAGGAAGAGCGCCAGAGCCUGCUGCCCAUUAACAGUGGCACAGAGGAGGGGUCAGGCACUUCCCACACUGAGGGCAGGGCCUGGCCACUCCCCAGCUCCAGCCGCCCCCAGCGCAGCCCCAAGAGGAUGGGGGUUCACCACCUGCACCGCAAGGACAGCCUCACCCAGGCCCAGGAGCAGGGCAACCUGCUCAACUAGGGCCUCUGGUGGCCUUCCUGCCAUUGCUGCACUGGGACUGUAAGGAGGCCCCAUACCUUGGCAGCUCAGGGUCCCCAGUCCAAGGCCUUGACCUCUCCCCAAUCCAUACCUGCACAGCGUUCCCUGUGUGGGUGGGGUCAGGUGGUGGGCCAUGCCAGGCCUGUCAGCUGCACUGACUGACCGCGGCAGCUUGCCUCAUGGUUUUCCCCUUUUCUUAGAAUAUUUAUUCUCCACAGAUAACAUGCAGUUGGGUCUCAAGACCUUUUCUCCAAUCAGCCCAACCCAGCCCAGACUGGGCUGUUCUGGGGAGCUGAGGAGUUUAUCAGUAUUCAUCUUCCAUCCUCCUUUCAUAGUCACAAGUUUUGUUAUUUUGUUUUUUUUGGGGGGUGGUGGUGUAAUCGUUAACUUCAUUUCUGUUUCCUACCUGUUUGCUUUCCCCCCCAAUCCUCCGCAUGAGCUGUUGCCCUCCGGGGGCCCGGCACAGCUGGCCUUGGGGACCAGAGAGAGGACUGACUCAGGGCCCCCUCAGCUGUCUCUUCCCUGUCUCUGGAAAGGAGGGUGGGGCUCAGGGGCCUCAAGCUGCGCUCUGGGUGAGGCCUGGCCUCUACUCCCAACCUUGGCUCUAGACUGUUACUCCAAGCUUUGGGAAAUUUUCACAUUGAUGACUAUUUUAAAAUCAAAUAAAACUAUUUUACUGGUAUGGC